AUGCCAUCACUCCGCAUACUAAUCUUGUCAAAGAAUAAAUUUCAGGGAAAUCCCUCUUCAAUUUUUAGCAACCUAACAAUCAUCGAGAAAAUUGAUGUUUCUCAUAACCAUUUUCAAGGUCCAGUACCAUUCUCAACCUUCGCUAAUCUCUCCAAACUUCGUUAUCUUGACCUUUCAUACAACCAAAUAGAAGUUGAAACCGAAAAUCCAUCUUGGCAACCUUCCUUCCAGUUAGAACAUUUAUUAUUGGCCGAUUGCAAUCUGAACAAAAAAAGUAAUCAUGGUAUCCCGAGUUUCAUUUCCACCCAGUAUACUUUACAAACCCUUGAUUUAUCCAGCAACUUCUUUGCAGGGUCUAUUCCUAUUUGGAUGCUCCACAAUGUUUCGUCUGUCUUGAGGCUGCGUGGCAACAUGUUUAGUGGUAAUUUUCCUCAAAGUAGCAGAAAUGUUGCAUCCCCUCUUGUUGAAUUUGACAUCUCAUGCAAUUACUUUGAGGGGCCAUUGCCUUUGAACAUCACUGCUCUUUACCCUAGGCUAUAUCGAUUUAAUGUAUCAACCAAUGGAUUGACUGGUACCCUUCCUCCAUCAUUAGGCGAAUUAGCAAGUUUACAACAGCUGGACUUGUCCAACAAUAAGUUGGUGGGAAACAUUCCAUCACGCCUAACAGAAAACUCUUCGUUGUGGUACCUAAAUUUGUCAAACAAUCGCUUACAAGGCGAGUUGCUUCCACAAGAUUGUAAUAUGAGGCAGUUGAGGUGGUUACUACUUCGUGACAACAAGUUUGUGGGAAGUAUGCCUCUUUGCCUGUCGAAUAGCCCCUCUUUGUUGAUUCUAGACAUGGGUAAAAACAAACUUUCUGGAAACAUCUCAAACCGAUUACCAACCUUUCCUAGUUUAGGAGCUCUCCUCCUAGGGGGAAACCAAAUUAAAGGUUCUAUUCCAAUGCAAUUGUGUCAAAUGAAAUAUAUACAAAUCCUAGAUCUCUCAAACAACAACUUCCUAGGGAACAUUCCAUCCUGCCUUAGUAACAACUUAGUAUGGAAGAAGAAGUUCCAAUCAAGUUCUUGGGUGCCAAUUGAUUUUACCACAAAAGGGAGGGUUCCUUUUGGUCAACAUCUCUCCACAAUUACCGAAGUUAGCUACAUUGGUAAUCCAAAUCUUUGCGGAGAACAAUUAAGAAAAUGCUCGGGUGAAGAGGGAAAAGUGGGUGGCACUGACAACAAUGAAGAUCGUAGAAAAGAAGAAAUUAGGCACACGGAAGAGAAUGGGAUCGUCGAUGAACCUCUUUUUUUCUAUUCUUGUGUGGCUAUGUCAUAUAUUUUGGGAUUUUGGAGCGUCGUUGCGCCUCUUUUCAUUAGCAAAAAUUGGCGGCGGAGAUACUAUGCAGCAGUAGAUGGAUGCAUUGAUAUGAUUCUCCAGAAGAUCUAUGUGAUACAUGAUAUGUUGUUUUAUAGAAAUUGA